AUGUCAAACGACGGUCCAAAAGUUGGUAUCAAUGGUUUCGGAAGAAUUGGUCGACUUGUAUUUCGCUGUUGUUUAGAAAAAGGCGUUAAUGUUGUUGCCGUAAAUGAUCCAUUUAUUCCAGCUGAAUAUAUGGUUUAUAUGUUCAAAUAUGAUUCAACCCACGGACGAUUCAAAGGAGAAGUUUCACAUGAAGGAGAUAAAUUGAUUGUUAAUGGACAACACGUCAGUGUAUUCACAGAAAAAGAACCAUCAAAAAUUCCAUGGGGCAAGUUAGGAGCUGACUAUGUCAUUGAAUCAACUGGAGUAUUUACAACCACUGAAAAAUGUCAACCACAUUUACAAGCUGGUGCCAAAAAAGUCAUUAUUACUGCACCAUCUGCUGAUGCACCAAUGUUUGUUAUGGGAGUCAAUGAAGAGAAAUAUACAGGAAAAGAAACGGUUGUUAGUAAUGCGUCAUGUACAACAAAUUGUCUGGCACCAUUAGCCAAAGUCAUUCAUGAAAAAUAUGGAAUUGUAGAAGCAUUAAUGACCACAGUUCAUUCAUAUACAGCAACACAAAAAACUGUUGAUGGUCCAUCAAAUAAGGACUGGCGUGGUGGUCGUGGUGCUGCACAAAACAUUAUUCCAUCGUCAACGGGUGCAGCUAAAGCUGUUGGAAAAGUUAUUCCAGACUUAAAUGGAAAAUUAACUGGUAUGGCAUUUCGAGUACCAACACCAAAUGUAUCCGUUGUCGAUUUAACAUGUCGAUUACAAAAAGGGGCUAAAUAUGAAGAGAUAUGUGCUACAAUCAAAGCAGCAGCCAAUGGUCCUCUUAAAAAUAUUUUAGGUUAUACUGAUGAAGAAGUUGUAUCAUCAGAUUUUAUUGGAGAUACACAUAGCUCAAUAUUUGAUGCUAAAGCUGGUAUAUCAUUGAAUGAUAAUUUCGUCAAAUUAGUCUCAUGGUACGAUAAUGAAUAUGGUUAUUCACAUCGUGUUGUGGAUUUAAUAAAAUAUAUGGCGAAAAAAGAUCAUUCUGGUUAA